AUGUCGACAAACGAAACCUCUGACGACCUAGAAACAAUUCUCCGGCAAUUAGCCAACGAAUCUGACACAGACACUGAUCCAAAGUUAAAAAUAGAAAAAUACCGAGAAGAAUGGAACAGAUAUGCACGAACACAACAAAACGACGGACAAAAACUAUACUGCUUAGCAUUAAUUGGCACACAAAUAAGUCGAAUAACGAAGGACCUAACGGAAUUCAACAAAUUAGAAUACGUAGUCACAAAGGGAGAAAAACCCAUAUUUAGGACCAAAUUAAUGCGACUCCGAAUGGCAGAAUGGUUAAGUGAUAUAUUCUCAACAAAUCCCGAAUUCCUUCUUGAAGUACCUAGAGGAACAUUCUUAAAACUAGGAUGUUUGAACCACGAAGAACUACAGCAAUUAGCAGAAAAAGUGAAGGAAUAG